AUACGGGACGCGUCCACGGAGGAGAAUGCACGUCCGUUCAAAGGGACGCUGUUAGACCCAUCCAAACAGCAAGAACGCAGCUUGCGUCUCAGCUUUCACCGUUUCUUUUCAAGUGAUGCUUUGGUAACAAAACAAAAAAAGGAAUUACACAAAGAGGACACAAGUAAAAGUACCAAAACAAAAUGGCAGAUAAGGACAGCGUGGAGAAAUACUUGGAGAACAACCCGCAGUUCGCCAAAGAGUACUUCGAUAAGAAGUUGCGUGCCGAGGCCCUGAGCGCCGCUUUCUCCCAGCCUGUCGACAUCAAGGACACAGCCUCGUUUAAGGAUGUUAACUCGGUGCAGGAGGCCGCCAUCAUCUUCGAGCUGCUCCAGGAGCUCCAGAAGCAGACGUCCUUCGAGAAGAACCUCCACAAGGUGCUGCAGAGAACCGCUCUCAUCUUGCAGGCCGACAGGGUCAGCUAUUACAUCUGCCGCUCCAGAAACGGAAUCCCUGAGCUCGCAACCUCCCUCUUCGACGUGACCCCGACGUCCAAAUACGAGGCCAACCUGGUGAACCCGCAGAGUGAGAUCGUGAUCCCCACUGACAUGGGAAUAGUGGGCCACACAGCCACUUCCAAGAAGCCCCAAAACGUUCCGGACAUUAGCAAGAAUCCAAAGUUCUGCGACUUUGUGGAUAAACAAACUGGAUACAAGACGAAAUGCAUAAUGUCCUACCCCAUGGUCGCUGACAAAGACUGCCUUGGAGUCAUCAUGGUGCUUAACAAAAUAGGAGCUGAUGCGUUCACGCCAGAGGAUGAGAAGCUUUUCCAUAAGUACAUGACUUUUGCUCAAGUCAUUGCUCUGCAGUAUCACACAACCUACAUGUUCAAUGUAGAGUCCAGGAGGAGUCAGGUGCUGCUCUGGUCUGCCAGCAAAGUUUUUGAAGAGUUGACAGACAUUGAGAGGCAGUUCCACAAAGCUCUCUACACCGUGAGGACCUAUCUGCAAUCUGAGCGUUACUCAGUGGGCCUGUUGGACAUGACUAAAGAAAAGGAAUUUUAUGACGAAUGGCCUGUGAAACUAGGAGAUGUGGAACCCUAUAAAGGACCAAAAACACCAGAUGGCAGGGAAAUCAACUUUUAUAAGAUCAUUGACUACCUCCUUGAAGCCAAAGAAGAAAUUAAAGUCAUACCAGGUCCACCUGCAGAUCACUGGGCUCUGGUCAGCGGACUGCCAACUUACGUGGCAGAAAACGGCUUUAUUUGCAACAUGAUGAAUGUUGCUGCAGAUGACUACUUCACUUUCCAGAAAGAGGCAGUGGAUGAGUCGGGUUUCGUCAUCAAGAACGUCCUGUCGCUGCCCAUCGUCAACAAGAAGGAAGAAAUUGUGGGCGUCGCCACCUUCUUCAACAGAAAGGAUGGCAGACCGUUUGACGAGUAUGACGAGCAGAUCACCGAGGCCCUGACACAGUUCCUGGGGUGGUCGGUGUUGAACUGUGACACCUACGACAAGCUGAACCGUAUGGAAUGGAGGAAAGAAAUUGCCCAGGAGAUGCUCAUGUACCAAUCCAAAUGCACCUCGGACGAGAUGCAGUCCAUUCUGAACACCAAGGAGAAGUUUGACGCUGAACCUGAAGACUGUGACCAGAAGGAGAUGUACAAAUUACUGAGGGCAAACUGCCCACCUGCCGACAACGUGGACGGAGAAAGUCUGUACAACUUCGGCUUCAGCGACUUCCCCGUCACAGAGCACGGCCUCAUUAAAGCUGGCAUCCGCAUAUUCUUUGAGCUUGGGGUUGUCGAAAAGUUUAAAGUUCCCGCAGAAACUCUGACUAGGUGGAUGUAUACUGUGAGAAAGGGUUACCGUGCCAUUACAUACCAUAACUGGAGGCAUGGCUUCAAUGUAGGCCACACCAUGUUCUGCCUACUGCAGACAGGGAAACUGAGGAAGUACUACUCGGAUCUAGAUGCCUUCGCCAUGGUGGCUGCGGCUUUCUGCCACGAUAUCGACCACAGAGGAACAAAUAACCUCUACCAGACAAAGCAAGUUAAAAAAACCUUUUGUUAUUAUGGGGUUUUUUUUCUAAUCCAUAGGAGUGCAUCUCCUCUGGCCAAACUUCACGGCUCCUCCAUUAUGGAGAGACACCAUUUGGAAUACAGUAAGACGCUCAUGGGAGAGGAGAGUUUGAACAUCUUCUGCAAUCUGCAGAAGCGUCAGUUUGAGACUGUGCAGCACUUGUUCGAUGUUUGCAUUAUCGCCACUGAUCUGGCCCUUUACUUCAAGAAGAGAACCAUGUUCCAAAACAUUGUGAAUGCCACAGAACCAAUGGCAGAUGAAAAAGAGGUCAUCGCCCACAUUUCUAACAACCCCAUCAGGAAGGAAAUUAUCAUGGCCAUGAUGAUGACAGGCUGUGACUUGUCAGCCAUCACCAAACCCUGGGAGGUGCAGAGCAAGGUGGCUCUGAUGGUUGCAGCUGAAUUCUGGGAACAGGGCGAUUUGGAAAGAAGCGUUUUGGACCAGCAGCCAAUUCCCAUGAUGGACAGAAACUGUGCAGAACAGCUACCCAAGAUGCAAUGUGGCUUCAUCGACUUUGUGUGCUCAUUUGUGUACAAGGAGUUCUCCAGGUUCCACAAAGAGAUCACACCCAUGUUCGACGGUCUGAACAACAACAGGGCACACUGGAACGAGCUGGCUGAGGUGUACAAUGCAAAGAUGAAGGCCAUUGAAGAUGAAAAGAAGAAGCUGGAAGAGGAGGAAGCCAAGAAAGCUGGUGGUGGUGAGGUAGGGAAGUCGAAGACCUGCACCAUCUGCUAGGCUUCUCUGUUUCAUGGAUCUGGACUCAAAUGGACUGAUUAGGACUGAUAUACACAUCACUAGUCUUAAAGUCAUCCUCAAAGCCAUCAGUUUUUGGAGUUCGUCCUUCGAACUAAGCUAGUUCUCUCUGGUCCCUCUGCGUAUGCGGCACCCCGGUUUGGUCCACUUGUUUCCAGUUUGUCCAGAGUAGUUAGCGCCGACCUGGACUGCAUGAACUGGUCUCCAAGGAGGGAGGAAGAAUUGGAGCCGGAAGUAACAGUGGGACUCUGCACAGAGAAGAUUUUAUCGAGAAGGAAUGUGGGAAACUUCUUCCUCCCUUUGUUUUGAACAGUGACCAAAAACAUGCAAACUUGCUAUAUAAUUUUAUGUAAGAUUUUGUUUUGGCAUGCUUGAAAUCAUGUUGCGAUAAAUUUAGCUGCUCCCCGCGCUGAGAUUCAAAUCUUUUAAUGUAGGCAGUUAAAUAGGUCAUUGUUGAGCUAUGCCAAAGCAAUAGCAUUCAGUGUCCCUUUGGCAAUCAUAAGCACGAUGUAUAAUCAUACUUUAAGCUGCACAAUGCACAUGGCUGCUGCUGUGUUAGCAGCCAAACCACAGAGAGAGUGAGGGCCAACUGGGAGGAUAAAGACUUUUCAAAUGUAGUGAUGGGGACCUGUUAAAGGCGCUUAUAAAGAAAUAUGAAUUUAUUCCCUUCAGCACAUAAAGAGCAUCUGAUGGCUCUGUUCAUGCUGUAAAGGCGAAAGGCACAGGGAGCAAUGGCGCCAAAACAAUUGGGAAAGACAAUGUCUUUCCUGUAAAGGGACUAAUGAGUCGUCUGACCAUAUACUCAUUUUAAUAUGCUAUUCAUCUAUACGUUGUUUUUUUUUCUAGAUUAUGGGUAUUUUGUACAUCAACUGUCUUCAUCUUGAGAUGAGCUUUGAUAGAGGCUGUACUGAAAUUAUGAAGAGCUGUGUUAUAAUGCAAAGUGUACAGUUUGUCUUGCAAAAAAUAUUCACACCUCUGGUUCAUUUUUAGCUUUUUGUCACUUUAUAGCCAAAAACAGAAAAUGUGUUUAAUGAGGAUUUUAAGACAGAAACCAACACAAAACGGUGCUUGAUUGUAAAAAAGGAAGAACUACAAUAUGAGUAAAAUUCAGAGUGUGCAGAAUGCAGGUAUUUUGGGGUUUGUCUCUACUACCUUUAGGCUUCUAGAAACUUUGUCCAGUCUUAUUUGCAAAACAGUUCAACGUCAGUACGACUGGACGGAGAAAAUAAUCUAUCUACUGGGAGGUGAAACCUUUCAAAAGUCUCAUAUUUUGCAGCCGUUAGCCAGUUUUCUUUCCGGAUUGCCGUGUAUUUAGCUUCAGCCAUCUUCCAAUCAACUCCAACCAGCUUUCCUGUCCCUACUAAAGAAAACCCCACAGCAUGCUGCUCCCACCACCGUGUAUCACAGUGGGGAUGUGGUGUUCAGAAUGUUGUGGUGUUGGCCUUUCAACGAAAUCUCUCACAUGAACUUCAGCUUAUAACUCCUCCAGAGUUACAGAAGGCCUAUAAAUAACUUGUAUAUGAAUCAUUUUUACAACUUAAGUGACGUCUGAAUGCAGUUGAUCAAACUGGAUUUUAUUUAGGGGUAUGAAAGUAAGUUUUUGGCUGUAAUGUGACAAAAUGUGAUGAAACUCAAUGGGUGUGAAUUCUUCUCCAAGUUACUGUAUGUCUUUGAGAACUUUAAGAUCACUUAUAAACUAAUUGUUUUAUUUCAAACUUAUUCCAUGCUGAAUCUCAUCUAUUCUCAUGCUAUCAUCUACUUUGCUACAUAGAAAUAACUUUUGAAUUGUUCGAACCUGAUUAUGAGAGAAGCAUAAAAAGCUGCAAAAGCAACCCCUGCUCCUUCACGAGCAGUUCUGCUUCUCCUUUAAGAGGCUUUAACAGGAUUUGAUUGCCAGCCAGUGUUUGAGAUCCACACGGCUUUGGACUUUAAAUGCCCGUCUUAUACAGGAGCUUUAUUGCAUCCAUGUGAAAACGGCCUACGCUUGUAAAGAACCAAACUAUUGGUUCAUUGAUUGUGUGACUGUUGGGGGCAAAGUUUUCCACUUCCCUCCCUGACCAACUUUAUGUAAAUCAAUUUGUUUCUUUGUAAACUAGCCGACCUGGUCAGGCGCCUGAGGUCACAGUGCAACAUCAGCGCACCUCCUAGUCCACAAGGUAAAAAGCGCGCAGUGGCUCUUAGCGUCCUAUUACGCAACGUCAUCUCCUCUAAUCAAAGAGGCAUCAAUCAGGGGCAUUUAAUCCCAUCAGCACAGCUUUGUGUCUACUUGGAAACUCCUUGUUUGCUGCCUGAGGUGAUGUGAAGAGCUGUUACAAUUACUCGAGCCCAAGAGCUUUGAUGAUUCCACUAUGAAUUUACAGCGCUGACUUUGGUGCAAACCUUUUAUAAGAAUGCUCCAGUUCCGUCUAAAAGGGAUAAAAGUCUUCCCUGCUUCUUCUUUGAAUGUUUUGAGAGCUGUGAAAAAAAAUGCACUGAAUGCUACUUUGUACUUAUCCUAAGUUUGUCAUUACGACGCUAGAGUUCUGUCUUUGAAUGUAUAAAAUGACAUCAAAUGUAUGUACAAGUCAUGAAAUGUAAUAUCUGUAAGCAAAUGUAGG